CGACAUUGUUAAACUGACGUUUACAGUGUAUUUCUGUGUUUAUUUUUGAUGAGUAAAGUUAGAAUUAACAAUAAGUUUUAAAUUUAUUUAUAAGUAAAGAGGAAUGGAUUAAGUUUACUAGAAUUAUCAGCGUUAUUUAAAUAUUGCAAAAAUGGCGACUUCGAAUCGAAAUGAAAUCAAACAAAUAAUCGAACUGAAAAAAGAGAAUGAAAAACUUCAAGAGACCAUUAACUAUCUCAAAAUGGAAAAUUUCGAGUACGCUCUUAAAUGCAACCAAAUUGAGAACAUCUUGUGUAACGUCAAAACUGUGACUCGGAAGAACGCUGAUAAGCUAUCAGAAGCCUCACAAAAUGUGUGCAGUAUUUUAGAAGAAUGCGGCAUUGAACAAGCAGAAGCAAGAGUAGCGACAGCUGUGACACCUGAAGUUCUGCGACGUCGUUCACAGAGUAAUAAAAAAUCACUUGAAGAAAACUCACUUAGAUUUAACAAUAAAGCUCAUGUUGUAAAGCCGCACAUGGUAAAUGGAACUGUGCUACAUAUUCCAACCAUUAACCUUACACGUGUUUCUGAUUUGCAUUUACAGUCAUCAUUGCGGAGUAAUUCAAAAAAAGAUGAAACAAAUUCUUCGGAGAGUGAUACACUGGUUGAUACUUCAAAUGACGUCACUGAAGCUGAACCUGAUCCCUCACAAGAUUUUAACACUGAAAACCAACUUUCGACGCUGGGGGAGGUUUCUAAUGCUUCAACGUCACAGUCACCAGCACAUUCGACCGUUCUAUCUGGAAAUUUCCACGAGGUAAAAAUUUUUCUUAGUCCCAUGAGCCAAGACGUUCUGAACAAAGAAUCUCGCAAAGCUGUAAAUUCGAAACGUCGGCGUCGAGCUUCAAGCCCGCGGCCGAUUAAAUAUAGGUCUCCCCAAACGUGCGACUACGUCACUCGAAGCAGACGAAAUAACUGAACCCUGUAUUAUAAUACAUUUUUGUUUGAAUUUUUAAGUACAAUACAUGUCUUUAAAUAU